AUGGGAAGAUCUCCUUGCUGCGAGAAGGAACACAUGAACAAAGGUGCUUGGACUAAAGAGGAAGACGAGAGACUCGUCUCUUACAUCAAGUCUCACGGCGAAGGUUGCUGGCGAUCUCUCCCUAGAGCCGCCGGUCUUCUCCGUUGCGGCAAAAGCUGCCGUCUCCGGUGGAUUAACUAUCUCCGACCUGAUCUCAAAAGAGGAAACUUUACACACGACGAAGACGAGCUUAUCAUUAAGCUUCAUAGCCUUCUCGGCAACAAAUGGUCUUUAAUUGCGGCGAGAUUGCCUGGAAGAACAGAUAACGAGAUCAAGAAUUACUGGAACACGCAUAUAAAGAGGAAGCUUUUGAGCAAAGGGAUUGAUCCGACUACACAUAGAGCGAUCAACGAAGUUAAAGUUCAUGAUUCGAAAAAAACAGAGGAGAAAACUGUGAAAGAUGUUGCCUUUGUAUCAAGGUUUCAGAAAACAGAGACAUCCGUGGAGCAGAAGCAAGUUAAAAACCAGAAGAGGAAUCGAACUAAUGGGUUAGUUUGCAAAGAAGAGAGAGUUGAGUAUUAUUAUCCAGUCGCUGUUAAAGAAGAGAAACUAUGUCCAGAUUUGAAUCUUGAGCUUAAGAUCAGUCCACCAUGGCAAAACCAGAAUCAUGUCGAUGAUCAGAGAAGGGAGAGAUCAUUCUACACUGCGUCCCGUUUUUACAUGGAAAACGGCGUGGAGUGUAGUAGUGAUACUGCAAAAUGUCAAACAGAGGAUAGUAGUAGCAUUAGCUAUUCUUCAGUUGACAUUAGUAGUACAAGCAGCGUUGCUUAUGACUUCUUGGGUUUGAAGACUAGAGUUUUGGAUUUUCGGAGCUUGGAGAUGAAAUAA